AUGGAGAAAGAAUCCACCGACUUUAUUCCUCUCCUUGAAGACAUUGAGACUCCAAUUGUUUCCGCAGACUCCAUCUAUCCUGUAAAGAAGAACAAGAACAAGGAGUGCAAAUGCAAAAAGGCACGCUGUGUCAAAAAGGUCCUUAAGACCGUCUUGAAGGUUGUCUUCGUCGCAUUCCUUCUAUUUUCUGCGGUAGCUUCCAUUGCUGGCUACCGCUGGUAUCGCUGGAUGUCUCGUGAGGUGGAACGAUUCACCUCCACUCAGGCCAAUUACUAUACGCCCCGUGAGGAGGUUCCCAUGGGCGAACUAGAAGUCUUGAAGGACAACGCCAAACUCUUCUGGGACAGCAUCCAAAAUGGUGCCGUUCCACAAGACUUUGUCCUCACCCACAGACAGACCAAUGGCUUUGUCGCCGCUUCCGAUUUCCUCCGCACUCAUGCGUAUGCCGAGAUGGAGGACAACGAACUCAAACUGUCUGUCAGCCUGCCUACGGAUGGCUUGCCAGGCGGUAAGGGACGAUUCUUCAAUGCCUACCAGACCGUCAAAUGGCACCCAGAGACCAACCGUCUUACCAUCCAGAUGGAUGCCGUGGACGUGGAAGUCCCCAUUGGUCAAUUGAUCGAUGCGGAAUUCGAACUCACCACCAUGGAAGAUGGCAAGACUCUAAACUUGCAGGUCAUUAAGGGUAAAGCCUUUGACCACAAGAUUCCCACAGAUUUCCUGGAGGAACACUACAACCUCUUGGAAGACUUGUACACUUGCGACUGUCAUGAUGAUGACUGCAAGCACGCCCGUAAGUUCUUGGAAGGUUUGGCUGGAGUUUCCAUGGAGGAAGGACAGGUUGUCGUUCAUGCUGACACUGAUCCCAAGGAAGCUACUUACUACAAGGAGCACGAAGGACACAGCUGGCACCAUGACCACCAUGGUCAUCAUGGAAAGCAUGGUCACCACCACGGAGAGCAUGGCCACCACCAUGGAGGACACCGUGUCUUGCGCGAAAGUAGUCCCAAGGCUCAUGGUCACAGUCACCAUUGGAGAGCUUUGCACAUGGUUCGCAGACUUAUGGCUUAA